GGGGAGGAGGGGGAGGAGGGGUGUUAUUUUCCUGUUCAUCACCGGCAGUAUCCGGACCCGUGCAGACACAGACAGCCUGCGGAUGCUGACCGAAGGAUGCGAUAGGUUUGGGGGCUGCUACUGGAGUGACGUAUCUUGUUUUGUAUUUCUGCAGCGAGACGAGCCGCUAGAGUGCGUCAGAUAAGGUGGGAGAAAAAAUGGUAUAAAAAAACAAAGCAGGUCCUCUUUGUUACAGACAACAAUAGUCCGUUUCUUCUCCAGAAAACCAGCAGGAUCUGCUCUAUACUCUCUCAGUUCCAGGUCCAGUGUGCUGAGGUUUCGCCUCUUUAAGGACACUUCUGCAAACAGACAGUGUGAAUGCAUGAAGUCAUGUAUUGGCCGGUGGGACAGCAGAGACAAAGCAGCAGCGGUUGACUAUGCGCAGACAUACUGUGACCUGCUCAAGAUCUGCUUACGAGUCUUUAUGGGCUUACUGCCACGGAUGACAUCAAGAGAGAGAGAGAGAGGGGUGAUGCAAUUUGGUGAAAGCUGUCACUUUUGAUUCACAACUGAGGCCUUGAUUAAUGCGUCUCUAGGCAGCAGGCUGGAGAUCACUGAGGCCUUUGUAAACAAACACAUUUCAGCAUUAACGGGGAGUGACGCGUUUCUGCCGGUUGAUGCUCUUGUCUCUGACGCUUUUCCUGUGGAGACUCUACCGACGUUUCUCCAUCAUGUUCAGCUCGGAACGACUGACGGUCCCGGAAUAUGUCAGCCGGCUGCAGAGAGGAAGGAGCGGAUCUGGAUCCGGCUCCGGCUCCGGCUCCGAACCCAAAGCGGUCUCUCCAGGCAUCAAUGCCGACGUCCAGGCGGUUCUGGCCACCUCCAUCCCCGCCCUGCGCUCCGCCAUCAGGCGGCUGAAGUCGUCUCAUGAAACCUCUGAUUCGGAUGAGACCCGCAGGGCCAUCGCAGAGCUCUUCCAGCUGGUGGAGGAAGCCUGGGCUUUGCCCGCUGCGGGCCGUCAAGUGGCGGAGGAGAUCUGCAACAGGAUCCGGCUGGAUGGAGGCCUAGAGCUGCUGCUACAGCUUCAGCAGACACCUGCUGUGGAGAUCACCUAUGAGUCUGCAAAACUGUUGGAGCAGAUACUGAUCUCAGAGAACAGAGAUUAUAUAGCACGAAUGGGUCUGGGUGUCGUCCUCAACCUGACGCGACAUCAGGAAGAUGCGCAGCUGGCUCGCAGCGUCUCGGGGAUCCUGGAGCACAUGUUCAAACACAGCGAGGAGACGUCCGUCCACCUCAUCUCCAACGGUGCCCUGGAUGCCCUGCUCUUCUGGUGCCGAGGUACGGAUCCCACCGUGCUGCGCCACUGUGCUGUGGCACUAGCAAACUGUGCCAUGUACGGAGGCCACCGCUGCCAGCGAUUGAUGAUCGAGAAACAGGCAGCCGAGUGGCUUUUCCCGCUGGCCUUUUCCAAAGAGGAUGAACUCAUUCGCUUCUACGCGUGUCUGGCUGUGACAGUGUUAGCUGCAAACCGAGAAAUUGAGAAAGAGGUGGUGAAAUCUGGAACCUUGGAGCUGGUGGAGCCAUUCAUUGCUUCUUUGGAUCCGGAUGACUUUGCCCGCAGUUUGUUGGACAGUGCAGACUGCAUGCAGGGUAAGACAGCAGCUGAUCUGCAGCAUCUUUUGCCAUUACUGGAUGGCACGAGAGUGGAGGGAAAGUGCAUUGCAGCCUUUUACCUUUGUGUUGAGACCAGCAUCAAGUCUCGUCAGCGCAACACUAAGAUAUUUCAAGAGAUCGGAGCGGUGCAGAGCCUCAAAACAAUUGUCAUGUACUCCAGUAAUGGCACAGCCUGUGCCCUCGCCAAGCGGGCACUGAGCAUGAUGGGGGAGGAAGUGCCGAAGCAUAUCCUGCCAUGUGUGCCCAACUGGAAAACCUGUGAAGUGCUGACCUGGCUGCAGCAGGUUGGCUUCAGUGCCUACUGUGACCGUUUCCAGGAGCUCCAGGUGGAUGGAGACCUCCUGCUGAACAUCACAGACCAGGAACUGUGCGCUGAUCUUGGCAUGACUGCAAGCCUCACUCGCAAGAGGUUUUUGAGAGACUUGCGUGUGUUGAAGACGUAUGCCAACUACUCCACAUGUGACCCAAACAAUAUGGCUGACUGGUUAGUUAUGGUGGACCCUCGUUUCCGUCAGUACACCUAUGGCCUGGUCCAGUCAGGCGUGGAUCGCAACAUUGUCCAGAGCCUGACCGAUCUGCAGCUCCAACACGACUGCCACAUAGACAACGGCGUCCACAGAGCCAGGAUACUCUCUGCCAACCGCAGGCCCUUAAAACCGUGCCACACAGAUGCCCUGCCUGCAGGGCCCGACGUCUUCAUCAGCUAUCGUCGGACCACCGGCUCCCAGCUGGCCAGUCUUCUGAAGGUGCACCUGCAGGUUCGAGGAUACAGUGUCUUCAUAGAUGUGGAGAAGCUGGAGUCCGGUAAAUUCGAGGACAAACUGAUCCAGAGCGUACAGCGGGCACGUAACUUCAUCCUGGUCCUGUCCGCCAACGCGCUCGACAAGUGCAUGGGUGACACUGCCAUGAAGGAUUGGGUGCAUAAGGAGAUAGUCACAGCCUUGGCCGGUAAGAAGAACAUAGUUCCUGUCACAGAUCAAUUUAUGUGGCCCGAUCCCAUGUCGCUGCCGGAGGACAUGAGAGCAAUCCUGAACUUCAAUGGUAUCAAAUGGUCCCAUGAAUAUCAGGAGGCCACGAUCGAGAAGAUCCUACGCUUCCUGAAAGAACACCAAGACCAAACCGACGGCACAGACGCCUCCAAAGAGCAGAAAAAGAAAUAAACUGACAUAAACAGUUUGAUAGCUAAAUUUAAACAAAGCCAGCCAAACACAACAUGGCCCACGGUGAACGGGCCAGCAGCUUUCCCUGCUCUGCUCAAAUGCAUGUGAAGUCAAUUUGAUGUUAAGCUUACAUGCUCACACAAAGACCUAAUAUAAAUAGACCUAAUAUAUAACAAUAAAUACAAAUCAAAAGGGGAUUUUCUGAUUGUACAGAAUAAACUGUAAGCCUAUAAUCCUAGUACCCUCAUACUGCUGUUAAUGUAUAAUCAGGAACAGAAUAUACGCCUUCUGUCUCUCAGGAAAAUAACUGUGAUAGAUCAGCCGUUAUUGGCACCCCAGCAAAAUCACCAAUAGCAAUGUCUGAAGCAUCCGCUCAUCACAAACGUUAUAUGCAACCAUCUUUUGUUCAACUCGUAUACUGUACAUUCAUAAGACCAAAGCAGGUCUCUGACUUUGCUGACAUAAAUAUUUUUAUGUUUUGGUUGUGAUGCAUUGAAUAGAACAUGAUGGGAGUAUCCACGGUGGGCAUUAUCUAAGCUAGAGGCAUGACAUACAGAUAUAAAUGAGCUACAAGCUGUAAAAAUGCACCCAACAUUUAACCAAAUACGGAUUUAAGGAGUGUACAGGCAACAAAAAUGCACAUGUAGUAUUAAACGUUUCCUUCCGACUGUAUUAUCAAUGUUGAAUUGACAUACAUGAACUACAGUAGUCAAAAACUGUUGACUCCUUGAAAAUGAUUCUGUCUUGUAGACUGCUGUUACAACAUACUGUAAUACAUAAAACUAUCAUUUCAUACUGUUGACUGGAGGUUUCAUUUACCACAGUGUUAAGCCUGAUAAGUCAUUAUUUGUGUGCUUUGCAAUUCAUACGGUCAUGUAGUCAUCAAGAUGUGUUGGACACAUGUUGUGUUGUAGAAUGAUACUCCUGUAGCCUGAAUGAAACUGCUGUUUUGCAGGGCUUUUAUCUGAUCUUGCCUUAAUGUUGUUUGCAUUUUAAGUUCACCUCAUUGCAUUUAUUAAAUAAGCUUUUUUUUUUCAAAAAAGUAGGACAGGAUUUUUUUUGUGUGAUGUUUUUUAAUGCUC